AUGACAGAGCGGAGAUUUCUCCGGUUCACCAGAGCUCUGUUGUCAGUGAGGAGCCCCUACUUCAAGUCCCUGUUCACCAAGAACUCUCACGGCGACUACGACGAGGUGGAGAUUCUCGACACGCCUGGAGACCUGGUGUCGCUCUUGAUUGAAUACAUCUAUUCCAAUUCCUGUCGCCUCACCAAGGAUAACAUCGAUCGCGUCUUGGCCGCCAGCGAGCGGUUCCAGAUCCCGGGCCUGCGUGAGUACUGCGCCCAGUACCUGAACUUCGGCCUGAAGCCGGAAAACGCCCUCGGGCUCCUCCGCUACGCCCGGUCCCGCAACCUGCCAGACCUGGCCUCCCUGGCCCACCGCUACGUCACGACGCAUUUCCACGAGAUCGUGCUCCGAAGCGACGAGUUUUACCGCAUGGACGCUCGUCGACUGGCCGAGUAUCUUCGCGACGAUUUCCUCAAUGCCCGGAGCGAGGAACUGGUUUUCGAGACUGUCAUCAAGUGGGUGGCUGUGGACUCUGAGAAGCGGAUCGAGUUCUUGCCCCAGUUGCUGCGCUCCGUUCGCUUCGGACUCGUUAGUUACAAGUUCCUCACUGAACAGGUGUUGCCGCAUCCGUUCAUCGCCAACAACGAGAAGACACAAAUUGCCUUGUAUGAACCUUCAGUCUUUCUUGCGGAAGCUGAAUCCAAACCAGCUUUUGAAAUUGACAUCAACGAUCCGCUCGCUCGUCCACGAAUUCCAAAUCAAAUCCUCUUUGCUCUCGGCGGAUGGUCUGCAGGGGCACCAACCAACUUCAUAGAAACCUACGAUGCCCGUUCCGAUCGCUGGUUCCUGCACGUGAGUGAAGACGCCCCGCCCAGUUCCUACCACGGCCUCGUCGUGCUGGACAACAAAAUCUACAUGGUGGGCGGAUUCGACGGCAACACUCACUUCAGCAACACUCGGGUGUACGAUCCCACCACGCAAACCUGGGAGGAGAAGGCCUGCAUGUACUAUCCGCGCUGCUACGUCAGCGUGUGCGAAUUGGCCGGCAAAAUCUACGCCCUCGGGGGAUACGAUGGACGCACUCGCAUGCGAUCUGCCGAAAGGUAUUCCCCGGGCGACAACCAAUGGGAGCUGCUGGAGCCGAUGCAGCGCCAGCGCUCGGACGCCUCGGCCUGCUCCGCCCGCGGCAAAGUCUUCAUUUGCGGCGGGUUCAACGGGCAAGAGGUGCUCAACUCCGUCGAGGCCUACGACCCCGACGCCCGGACAUGGACCUACUUCCGGCCAAUGCUCAGCCCGCGAUCCGGCGUGAGCUUCGUGUGCUACCGCGGCAGUCUCUACGCACUCGGCGGCUUCAACGGCUUCGGCCGCAUGAACUCGAGCGAGUGCUACGACUUCGACACCGGCCACUGGCAGGAGAUACCGCCCAUGCACACGGCGCGUUCGAAUUUCGCAGCCACUGUCAUGGAGGACCUCGUUUACGUCGUCGGCGGAUUCAACGGCACCACGACCAUCAGCAAUGUGGAGUGCUAUGAUAAGACCACGGACAGAUGGUAUGACGUGGGGUGGAUGAACAUCAACAGAAGUGCAUUGGCAGCGUGUGUACUCACAGACCCACCCAACAAACGAGAGUACUCGUACCUGUCAAAGGCUCAAGUUCCUGAUUUGCCUGACCCCAGCAGCAGCAACAACAACACAAACACCACCAAGUGAACAAAAUCACUGGAAUUCUUUUGAAAUUCCUUCCAACUUUUUUUCAAUUCUGAAAAUUACCCCCCUCAAACAAAUGCAACUUGUGAGAAAUCCCAUUCUUUUGUUCUGGCAAUUUUGCUGCUCUCUUAAAUCCCGGCAAUAUUUUAUCCCCCAUCUGGAAUUCCUCCUGAAAUGAUUUUCUCUCGACAUCCGUCUUUGUCAAUGCCAAUACAGUACUUU